AUGCAACUUAUUUUUUCUAUUAGUAUUGUAUUAAUCGUCGGUAUAAAUGUUCAUCACACGCUAGCCUUACCACAAAAUUAUGAUGAUGUAUUGAAAGAAAAAAAAUACGUCGAUGAAAAAAUAUCAGCAUUGAAAAAUUCUGAACCAUCAGCAGAAUUGAAUCCUGAACAAAUGGGAGGUUACUAUCAAGGUGAUAUGAUCUUUCCUGAUGAUGCAUUGCGUGGGGCUGCCAGUAGACCAUCAUGGCAACGAUGGCCUAGUGGAAUAAUACCCUAUUAUAUGACAUCAUUAAUUUCGGUCAAUCAUUCACGAUUAAUUCUUGAUGCUAUGCGGCGCAUGGAAGAACUAACAAGUGUAGGAAAUCAGCUAUGCAUUCAAUUUCGUCCGAAAACUAUUUCAGACAAAAUUUUUAUUACAAUAACAAAUGGAACUGGUUGUUCAGCUCACGUUGGAUAUCUUCAAAAUUAUACAUUAAAUCGUACGGUUACUUUAAUGCAUACACCAACUGCUACUUGUAUGAGAACUGGAAUUAUUCAACAUGAACUUCUUCAUAUAUUAGGUUUCUAUCAUGAACAAUCUCGUCCUGAUCGUGAUGAUUAUGUUUCAAUUGAAUGGAACAACAUUAUAAACGGUACUCAGUUCAACUUUGCGAAAUACAGUCUAUCAGAUAUUGACACUCUAAUGACAUCAUAUGAUUAUGGAUCCGUUAUGCAUUAUCAAGCUAAUGCCUUCAGUUCUAAUGGUUUACCAACAAUUAGGGCUACGAAAAAUGUCAGUGCAGUACUUGGACAACGGCUUGGUAUGAGUCCAAUUGAUAUUCUUGAGGUUCAACGCUAUUAUGGAUGUGUUCCAACCCCAACUACGACUCCAACAUCCGCAGCUAUUGAAACAAAUACAAUAUUGAUGAGUUCAACUAUUUUAAUAGAAAUUGCUUUAAUACUUUUAUUCAACUCUGCUAUCUCAUUAUGA